AUGGCGGCGCCGAGCGCGGCCUCUCGGCCCUGUCUGCACCGAAAGGAGGUAAUGGCCGCUGACAGAGGGCGCAGGAUACUGGGAGUGUGUGGCAUGCAUCCUGACCAUCAGGAAGCACUAAAAAAGAACCGAGUGGUACUGGCCAAACAACUUUUGCUGAGUGAACUGUUAGAACACCUCCUAGAGAAGGACAUCAUCACCUUGGAAAUGAGGGAGCACAUUCAGGCCAAAGUGGGCAGUUUCAGCCAAAAUGUGGAACUUCUCAACUUGCUGCCCAAGAGGGGUCCCCAGGCUUUUAAUGCCUUCUGUGUGGCCCUGAGGGAGACCAAGCAGGGUCAUCUGGAGGAUCUGUUGCUCACUACCCUCUCUGAUCUUCAGCAUGCAAUCCCACCGUUGAGCUGUGACAACGACUGGAGUCUCCCCUUCCCAAUGUGUGAGUCCUGUCCCCCUCACAAGCAACUCCGCCUGUCUCCAGAUGCUGUGGAACACUCCCUAGACAAUGGAGAUGGUCCUCCCUGCCUUCAGGUGAAGCCUUGCACUCCCGAGUUUUAUCAAACACACUACCAGCUGGCCUAUAGGUUGCAGUCUCGGCCUCGUGGCCUGGCCUUGGUGCUGAGCAAUGUACACUUCACUGGAGAGAAAGACCUGGAAUUUCGCUCUGGAGGGGAUGUGGACCACAGCACUCUUGUCACCCUUUUCAAGCUCUUAGGCUACAAAGUCCAUGUUCUACUUGACCAGACUGCACAGGAAAUGCAAGAGAAACUUCAGAAUUUUGCCCAGUUACCUGCCCACCGUGUCACUGACUCCUGCAUAGUGGCGCUCCUCUCUCAUGGCGUGGAGGGAGGCAUCUACGGUGUGGAUGGCAAACUGCUUCAGCUUCAAGAGGUUUUUCGGCUCUUUGACAACGCUAGUUGCCCAAACCUACAGAACAAGCCGAAAAUGUUCUUCAUCCAGGCCUGCCGUGGAGAUGAAACAGAUCGUGGGGUUGACCAGCAAGACGGAAAGAACCGCGCGGGGUCCUCCGAGUGCGAGGAGAGCGAUGACAGCAAGGAGUUGCUGAAGACCCGACUGCCCACGCGCUCGGACAUGAUCUGCGGCUAUGCCUGCCUCAGAGGCACUGCUGCCAUGCGGAACACCAAGCGGGGCUCCUGGUACAUUGAGGCCCUCACUCAAGUGUUCUCUGAGAGGGCUUGUGACACGCACGUGGCCGACAUGCUUGUUACGGUGAACGCACUUAUCAAGGAGCGUGAAGGCUAUGCCCCCGGCACAGAGUUCCACCGGUGCAAGGAGAUGUCUGAGUACUGUAGCACCCUGUGCCGGCACCUCUACCUGUUCCCAGGACACCCUCCCACGUGA